CAUAUCCAGACCAGAGCAAGUCUGAAAGGCAAUUGAGUUGGUGGUUGGUUAGUUAAUUUUGGUUUCUCCAAUGAGUGUCUCGCACCAUUUUAGAGGAGGAGAAGCUCUUUGGAGCUUUCUCUUGUUCCUCAUCAUCUUUACUGCUUCUGUAGUAAAUCUCUGCCAGGCUGCUGAGACAGUACAACUUGAGGUGAUUGGCAAUGGAGAAUGUGCAGACUGUGCAGCUGACAACAACAACAACAACAAAGCCUUCUCAGGACUUCGUGUGACCAUCGACUGUUUGAUUGAUGGGAAGGGUGAAGUGAAAAGAAGAGGGGUUGGAGAGCUUGACAAAGAAGGGAAAUUCAGAGUUUCACUUCCAAAAGAGAUCCUUCACGAAAAUGGAGAUGAGCUGAAGGAGGAAUGCUAUGCGCAGCUUCACAGUGCUGCAUCCACGCCAUGCCCUGCUCAGGAUGGUCUUGAAUCUUCGAAAAUUGUAUUCAAGCAUCAAUCUUCUGAUGGAAAGCUUGUUUUCAGCACAGUUGGGAAACUGAGGUUUUCACCCACAACCUGUGCUUCAGCUUUCUGGUGGCCACCCUUCAAGUACCCUCCUCUUCCAAGCCUCCCACCUUUUCCUGAAUGGAAGAAGCCAUUGCCUCCUGUUAUCCUCCCGCCUUUCCCUACUUUCCCUCCUAAGGUUUUCCCACCUAUUUACUUCCCCCCUAAGCAACUUCCACCAUUUGUGCCCGUCCCUGUUCCAAUUCCCGUCUUCCAAAAACCACUGCCACCUGUCGAACCAACUCCCGUUCCAACACCAGAAGUACCCGUACCUGUUCCGGUUCCAGUCUAUGAAAAGCCAUUACCACCUCCGGUCCCUGUUUACAAACCAACACCCGUUCCAGCACCAGUUCCGGUUCCAGUCUAUAAACCAACACCCGUUCCAGCACCCGUACCAGUCUACAAGCCUGUGCCAGUUCCUUCACCGGUUCCAGUCUACAAGCCAAAGCCAAAGCCACUUCCCCCAGUGGUUCCAGUAUACAAGCCAAAACCACUUCCCCCACCGGUUCCAGUCUACAAACCAAAGCCACUUCCCCCUCCGGUUCCAGUCUACAAGCCAAAGCCACUCCCCCCUCCAGUUCCAGUCUACAAGCCAAAGCCACUUCCCCCACCAGUUCCAAUUUACAAGCCAAAGCCAAAGCCACUUCCCCCAACGGUUCCAGUCUAUAAGCCAAAGCCACUUCCCCCACCGGUUCCAGUCUACAAACCAAAGCCAAUUCCUCCACCUGUCCCAGUUUACAAGCCAAAGCCACUUCCACCACCGGUUCCUAUCUACAAACCAAAGCCAAAGCCACUGCCUCCCCCGGUGCCAGUUUACAAGCCAAAGCCACUUCCACCACCAGUUCCAAUCUACAAACCAAAACCACCGGUCCCAGUCUACAAACCAAAGCCAAAGCCCCUUCCACCACCGGUCCCAACUUACAAACCGAAGCCACUUCCUCCACCAGUCCCAAUUUACAAGCCAAAACCACUCCCCCCACCAGUUCCAAUUUACAAACCGAAGCCACUUCCUCCACCAGUCCCAAUUUACAAGCCAAAACCACUUCCUCCACCAGUCCCAAUCUACAAGCCAAAGCCACUUCCUCCAACAGUUCCAAUUUACAAACCGAAGCCUUGCCCUCCAAAUCCCCCGUCGUCAACUUACCCGCCUUACUCCCCUCAUCCUUAAGACUCUCCAUACUGUUUCAACGUAUUAAUAAUUGCUGAUUUUCAGUGAUCUUCUUUUGUUUGUUUCUUUCUUUGUAAAUUUUCAUUAAUGUUCAACAUGUUGUCUUUAUCAAUUUUCAUUUAAUAAUUUAUUAUUAUUAUUAUUGCGUGAUUAAUAAUAUAUAUCAACCCUUAAA